AUGCAAUUGUACAACUCCAAGCACGAAAAGUUUUUCAACAGAUGUCUAGUUGCACUCCCGGCCCAGGCAGCGUCGGAAGACUCGAAUAAGUUGGCGAUUAUAUACUUUAGUCUCCAUGGAUUGAAACUACUCCAGAGGUUCAAUUUCAGCAUCGAGGAACUCAAAUAUCAUGAAAAUUGCAUAUGGGAGACGUAUUUCAUAAACAAGGGUCACGGGGGUAGCGGGCACUACCAGACGUUUAGGUCAACUCCAUAUUUCAAAGCUGUCGGUGGAAAAUACGAUUAUGGCGAUUUAUCAGCUUGUUUCUUUGCACUAUACAUUCUCAUUAUUCUAGGCUCCGAUUUCAAACGGCUAGAUUGGCAGAAACUUUUCAACUACGUGAUAAAAUGCCAGAUCAAAAACGGAGCCAACAAGGGAGGAUUUGUCCAAUCCGUCAACGACAUUGGGUUCGGCGAGACUGACGUGAGACAAUGUUAUAUGGCAUUGGUCAUACGACACCUUGCGCUGCAACGAACCGCCUUGGUGGACGAUAUAGAUUUGCCCCUGGCGCGCGAGUUCAUAUUGAGCAGGCUAAGUGUCAACGGAGGAUUCAGCUUCCAGCCUCUUGAUGAACCGCAUUUGGGCUACACAUUUUGCGCAAUUGCCUCCUUGAAACUUUUGGGAUACAACGUUCAGGACUUGGAUCGCAGCAAAAACUGGCUUAUUCACCGGCAAGUCUCCUACCCUGAAAUACUCCAUCAAGGUGGUCUAAAAAGUUAUGAGUACCACCGAGCAGAGGACAUUGGUGGUUUCAAUGGCAGAGAAAACAAGUUGAGCGAUACAUGCUAUUCGUGGUGGUGCAACGGGAGUUUGAGCAUCAUGGAUCCGACCCUCAAUUUGAACCUAAUAAACCAGAACCUAGCAGAGCAAUACUUGUUGGAGAAAACGCAGAAUCCCAUCGUGGGAGGGUUUUCCAGUGUGCCGGACGCCACAUCAGACCCAAUGCACACUUACCUCGCCUUGGCUGCUUUAUCAUUAUGGAAUCGAGACAAAUACAACCUUGCUGAAAUCGAACCAGUGCUUGUAAUGCCCAACGAUGUAUACGAGAGCUUUUGUAAAUGA